AUGCCGCUCAUCAAUCGUAAACAAAAGGACAAGGCAGUCGAUGAGGGAGGAGACCAUGCAAAGAAAGACAAGGUCAAAUUUUCAAAGCGCCCAGCCAAUACCGCUUUCAAGCAACAACGACUUAAAGCUUGGCAGCCCAUCUUGACGCCAAAAGCUGUUCUGCCCACCUUAUUCCUGAUUGGCAUCAUCUUCGCUCCCAUAGGUGCUCUGAUUGUCUGGGGCAGCGGCAAAGUCACCUCCAUCACGUUGGAUUACACGGAAUGCGAUUCCCAGGCACCGACAGACGGUCAAUUCCAGUCCCUCCCAGGGGACAAAUAUGAUUACGACCUUGCGACCUCAUCAUCAGUGUCAAGUAGUUCUAUCACAGCGCCGACAUGGUCCUUCAGUAACGACUCCUCUCGUGCUGUCGGAGAACGAGCACGGUGCGAGAUCGAAUUCGAAGUCCCUUAUGACCUGGGCAAGGGCGUCUUCCUGUAUUACAAGCUCACAAACUAUUAUCAAAAUCACCGACGAUAUGUCCAAAGCGUCGAUACCUCGCAGCUUCGGGGCUCAGCACAAUCUGCAUCCACUCUGGAUGGCGGAGAUUGUAAACCCAUCACCUCGCAAAAUGGCAAGCCGUAUUAUCCUUGUGGGCUUAUCGCCAAUAGCGUUUUCAAUGACACAUACCCUCAGGUGGUUCUCCUGAAUCCAUCCAACGGCGACUCAAACCAAACAUACAACUUCACAGACAAGGGUAUUGUUUGGAGCGGCACCUCCAAGAACUAUGUUUCAUCUCCCGGUUAUCCCUCUCCGACAGACGCUCUGCCUCCGCCCAAUUGGGCCGAGAGAUAUCCCAACGGAUAUACUGAUGAAACUGGCUUUCCCGAUCUAGCCAGCGACGAGCACUUCCAGGUCUGGAUGCGUAUAGCUGCUUUCCCGACAUUCCGCAAGCUUUGGGCUCGCAACGACGACGAGAUCAUGAGCAGCGGCAGGUAUCGAAUCACCAUUUACAUGAACUAUCCGGUCAAGCAAUUCUCUGGCACCAAGUCCGUGGUGAUCUCCACUGUCAGCUGGAUUGGCGGCAAGCAACCCUUCCUGGGCUGGGCAUACAUCGCUGCCGCCAUCUUGUGUGUGGUACUGGCCAUCGCUGGUCUUCUGAGACAUUUGAUCAAGCCCCGAAAAUUGGGAGACAUGAGCUGCAAGUCACGAUGUUUGCAUGAUGCGCAGUGCUGA